UAUCACCAAUGUCUGUUACAUUUACCUUACCAAGAUCAGAAGCUCCUGAAGUUAUAGUUACUAAUGAGAUAGUUACUACUACUAGGGCAUAUAUGAGGUAUGUUACUCCUAUACAACUCGAUUGGUUAUCACAAGAUCAACCACAAUACUUCACAACAACAACAAC